CAGCACUGGCAGCAUCUCUUGCGUUGACAAGCGACAACAGACAUCAGCAGAUGCCCGGAUUUUCUCGAGCGCAUUAUCGAGCUGUCGAUUGAGGAUUUGUUUGCCUCUCUUUACCGCUUCGCACGCUUACGUUCUUCUUUGUUUUUUUCGCCGGCAGGGGGGGAAAGCAGAUCCAGAGGCGAUACGAGGCUAGGAGAUCAUGGUUUCCACCGCAGGAGGCAUCGUCAUCGCGAUUGUGGUGAUUUUGGUGGCGGCGGCGGUUGGAUGGGUUGUUUUCACGCAGCUGCGAGCGCGGAGAUUGGGACUCCCGCCUCCGAGUUUAUCGUCGUAUCUGCCAUGGCAUAAGGCAGACACCCCCUACGGACCGCCGAGACCGGCUCGCGGCGGCGUCGUCGGCUGGUUCAAUGACGUGAUGCGCAAGUUCAAGCAUCGCAAUGAUCGGUCGGCAGCGGGCGCCUACGAGCAGUCGCUGCACAGCGGCAGCGGCCCCGGAAAUCGCGGCUUUGGCCCACUGGACCCGGACGAUGCGUGGGACUCGCGCGUGGGCAACGAGGCUGACGGAUACGGCUACUACGAACAGGAGCUGGGAGGCCACACUGAGUACACGGGCGCAAACUACGGCGGCAGUCGGCUGGGCACGGGGCCGGCGGCUCAUGCAGGCUAUGACGAGGACGUUGAGCGAGGACGCCGACCAAGCAGAGACGCUGGAGCGGCGACGGCGGCCGAGGCUGGGCGCCGUCAGAACCCUUUUGACGAUGAUGCGCAGGCAAGCCUCAGGGGCGUCAGUCCGCGACCGAUGGACAUGGGAGGACCAGGACAUAGGACGGGCGAUCGACCAGGCAGUUCUGGCAGUAGCCAUGCCGAACGGCGAUCGAUAUUCCGAGAAGACGUCUAGAGCUGCUGAUGGGAGGAGGGGAGGAAGGGAGAAAAGGGGCCGAAAAUGGGACAAAGAAAAAAAAGGCGGUAUGUUGAGGGUGGCUUGCUUUUUUACGACAACCUUGUUUUAUUUACCUCAUGAUGCGGUACCUUGGAGGCUUUUUCUUUUAUAUUGUCUGCUUUCCUAACUCUUUUUAUGAUUAAUUUCUGAUGUGGAAAACGGGAGCUUUGCAUUACACGCAUGACUGCAUACGAAUAGGAUGGAGAGGGAAGCUCUUUUCUCCUCAUCACGGAAUGACAUUUGUUCUCUUUGG